GGAUCAAACAACGCGCCCUCUCUCUCUUCCUCUUUCUCUCUAAAAUUCCCCCUUCCUCCUCUUCUCUCUCUGUAUAAUAUACACACAUAUAUAUGUGUAGAUGUGUGCAUUUUUGUUGAGGUCGUUGGUAGGGUAGUGGUGUUGGUAGAAGAAAAUGGAGGCAGCAAUGGGAUUGAUGAGAAGGAUUCCUCCGAAGCAUACAGAGACUGCUCUCUCUGCUCUCCUAAGCCUCUUGCCCGACCAUUCCUCCGAUCUCCUUUCUCAAGUUGAUCAGCCUCUUCAGAUUUUGCAUGAUAUAGACUGUGGAAAGGAGUUCAUAUUGUGUGAAUACAACCGUGAUGCUGAUUCUUACAGAUCACCUUGGUCAAAUAAAUACCAUCCACCAUUGGAGGACGGACCCUUCCCAUCUCCAGAGCUGAGGAAACUCGAGAUUGAAGCAAACGAUGUCUUUGCAAUUUAUCGUGACCAGUAUUAUGAAGGUGGCUUUUCCUCUGUAUAUAUGUGGGAAGAUGAUAAUGAAGGUUUUGUAGCUUGCUUCUUGAUAAAGAAAGAUGGCUCAAAGUCGGGACAAGGCAGAAGAGGUUAUCUGCAGGAGGGAGCAUGGGAUGCCAUACAUGUUAUUGAGGUGGGACCUGAUGAGGAAGGAACAGCACAUUACUGUCUAACCAGUACUGUCAUGCUGUCGUUGACUACAGAUAAUGAGUUGUCAGGCACAUUUAAUUUGUCCGGAUCAAUUAGAAGACAGAUGAAUAUGGAUCUCACUGUGGCAGAGGGUCAUCUAUGUAACAUGGGAAGGAUGAUUGAAGAAAUGGAGGGGAAGCUGAGAAACUCACUGGAUCAGGUAUACUUUGGGAAGACAAAAGAGAUGGUUUGUACUUUGCGACCACCGUCUGAACUGGUGCAAAUGAGACUACCGGAUAGCUAAUGUGUGCAUCUCUUGGGCCCUAUUAAGUGAGAAAUGUACAAGAUUGAUUUGUCUCAUAUUUAUCAGCAUUCCUUGAGACUACUGAAGCAUACAUUUUCCGAUAUUUAUUGUCUUUGUAUUAAGUUCAAGAAAUUAGGGAAAUUUUAGACUUCCAUUGGUUCUGAUUCGUUUUAUGAAUUAUACUUUUUUACGCA